GAUUGACGUGUCGCGAGCAAACAGAUCCCUAGUAUUUUCUUUAAUUUCGUGGUGGAAUUUGUGUUUCCUUCUUCUCGAAUCACGCAACCACCAGCAAGAAUGAUAUAUUCUAAAUCAUUAAUGUUGCUGGCAUCUCUGUUGCUGGUGCCACUAGCGAACGCCUUGUACUUCCACAUCGGUGAAACGGAACGCAAAUGUUUCAUCGAGGAAAUACCGGAUGAAACUACGGUAGUAGCCAACUAUAAGGUGGAGCUGUACGAUCCAAGAUCUGGAGGAUUUAUGCCAUCUUCACCCGGAAUUGGCAUGCACGUCGAAAUAAAGGAUCCUGAUGAUAAGACGAUCCUGUCCCGCGUUUACAGCUCGGAAGGACGCAUUUCGUUCACAUCUCAUAUUCCCGGAGAGCAUGUUCUCUGCAUGUACUCAAAUAGUACGGCCUGGUUCAGUGGUUCGCAGCUUCGUGUCCAUCUGGAUAUUCAGGUCGGAGAGCACACAAUCGACUACGCUAACGUUGCACAGAAGGAAAAGCUUACGGAACUGCAGUUGCGUAUUCGACAGCUGUUGGAUCAAGUGGAUCAAAUCACAAAAGAACAAAACUAUCAAAGAUACCGCGAAGAACGAUUCCGUCAAACGAGCGACAGCACUAACCAGCGAGUUCUGUGGUGGUCACUUGCGCAAACUUUGGUGCUUCUGGUCAUGGGAUUCUGGCAAAUGAGGCAUCUGAAGAGCUUCUUCGAAGCAAAGAAACUAGUUUAGGUUUAUAAAUCUGGUAAAACUGUGAGUCACGAAUUGCAAUAAAUUUUGUGAAACUAA